AUGCCCCCUUAUGUCCCGCGCAAGAGACUACGCGCCCAUACUCCGCCUGCGAAUGAUCAGUCCGAAGAGAAGCAAAAGAUCGAACAAAAGGGCUUGACAGCGCCGCCACGCAAGUCGACGCUGUUCGAUGAUCUCGACGCCAGCUCGACUCCACGGUCCUCUACACGAAAUGGCUCAUCGACUCUGCAGAUCGACGACAGCGAUGACGACGAAAGCUCUCUGACGUCUCUGUCCGAUGCCGACUUUGAGGAUGUCCCCGCUCCCAAGCGACAGAAGGGUUUGCCCAUGGCUGCAGAUGAGGAGGAUGAUGACGAUGACGACGACGACAUUGAGUUCGAGGAUGUCGAGACGCCGCAAACUCCCUACUCAAAUGUCCCUGUACCAUCAGGCGACCUGGAGUUGACCCUCAUCAGGGACACCCGGAUAUCCUUGGCCAACGCGCUCGGGAAGAAAGGGCCGUCAAAGCUGGAGCGCCGAAUCCGAAUCGCCACCCAUUGCGUCCACGUGCAGCUCCUACUCUGGCACAAUGCGAUUCGCAACGGUUGGCUGUGCGAUCCGACAGUACAAGGGAUCAUGCUGUCGCAUCUGCCCCCGAGAUUAUGGGCCGAGGUCGAUAGGUGGAGGAAGAACAGCGGGCUGGAAGUGCUCGAGGAGACGUCUCAUGGUGGAAGGACGAAAAGAGCCUCAAAGGGAAAAGGGAAGGCCCCGGCUCGAAAAUCCCGGGAUUGGAGCGAGGCGUCACAACGUCUGGAAAAGGGCGCCGUCGACAUGAGCCACGGGGAUCCUUUGUUAAGGCUGAUCAAAUGUCUUUCGGCCUGGUGGAAGCAGCGGUUUCGCAUUACCGCGCCUGGCCUACGCAAAUGGGGGUACAUGUCUCUGGAAAGGCUUGAUCGGCUUACAAAAGCCUUUAAGCAGGAAGAACACGACCAGGACAAGUUCGGGGAGCGGAUUCAGGGCCUGGAAGAGUUCCGUCUCUGCGCGCAGGAUUGCUCGGGCAGUCGCGAUGUCGGGGGCCAGCUCUUCACCGCGCUCCUUCGAGCUUUGGGGCUGGACACUCGCCUGAUUGCAAGCCUCCAGCCGCUGGGCUUCGGCUGGAAUAAGCUGGAGGAGGCGGAUCCAGAGAGGGAAGGGCAAAGCUACGGACAAACUUCACGCAAGGAGUCGGACGAUUUUCACCCGAAAAAGGGGGCUCUUGCGAAAGCAAGCAUAUCCAGAGCAGCAAAGGGUAACGAUCGGACUUCCAGACGGAACCAGAAGGCUCAGUUGGAGGAACCGUCAGAUUCUGAACUGGCAGCUUAUAAUAGCGAUGAUGACCUGGCAAUCCAGAUUCCACAAGCACCGCAAAAGAAAGGAAAAGUCUACGACGCCGAUCUAGAGUUUCCUCACUACUGGACGGAAGUGUUGUCGCCGGUGACGCAAAAGUACCUCGCAGUUGACCCCAUUGUCAAGUCCGUGGUCGCCACAAACCGAGAACUCGUGGAGUCGCUGGAGCCUCGCGGCGCCAAGGCAGACAAGACCAAGCAGGUCAUGGCGUAUGUUGUUGGGUUCUCCCAGGACGGAACGGCCAAGGAUGUGACGGUCCGCUAUCUCAAGCGGCAAAUGUUGCCCGGCCGUACGAAAGGAAUGCGCAUCCCCAUCGAGAAGAUGCCGGUGUACAACCAUCACGGCAAGGUCAAACGAUACGACCAGUUUGACUGGUUCAGGUCCGUCAUGAAGGGCUACGUCCGGGGCGACCAGAAGCACCCCAUCACUAAGGUUGACGAAGAUGAGGAUUCUACCGAUCUGCAGCCCGCAAAAGCCGAGAAAAAAGAGGUCAAAGAAGGCGAAGAAACCCUCCAAUACUACAAACAAUCCAAAGACUUUGUCCUCGCCCGCCAUCUCAAACGCGAGGAAGCCCUCCUCCCCACCGCUCGGCCCGUCAAAGUCUUCAGAAACAAAGGCAAGUCCGCCGAGGAAGAACCCGUCUACUCCCGCAAGGACGUCGUCCAGGUCAAGAGCGCUGAGACCUGGCACAAGCAAGGGCGCGCGCCCAUCCCAGGCGAACAGCCGCUGAAGCGCGUGCCCUACCGCGCGGCGACGACCAACCGCCGGCGCGAGAUCGCCGAGGCCGAGGCCGCGACGGGCGAGAAGGUCCUCCAGGGCCUGUACAGCUCCGACCAGACCGAAUGGAUUAUCCCGCCGCCGAUCCGCGACGGCGUCAUUCCCAAGAACGAGUACGGUAACAUCGACCUGUUUGUCGAGCACAUGUGCCCCGAGGGGGCCGUGCACGUGCCGUAUCGCGGGGCGAUGCGGGUUGCCAAGAGGUUGGGGAUCGACUAUGCCGAGGCCGUGGUCGACUUUGAGUUUGGGCAUCGCAUGGCUGUGCCGGUUAUCCAGGGGGUCGUGAUUGCUGAGGAGCAUCAUGCCAGGGUGAUGGAGGAGCUGGCCAAGGAUGAGGCCGAGAAGAAGAGGAAGGAGGACGAGAAGAGACGGAAGGCGGCGCUGGGAAUGUGGAGGAGGUUUAUCAUGGGCUUAAGAAUCGUCGAGAGGAUUAGGCAGGACUAUGGGGAGGUGCAGGAAGACGUCAAUAUCUUUGGACACGAUCAGAGGGGGCGCAUACGGCGAGGGGAGGAUGCUCAUGUUGAAGUGGAGGACCAUGAGGAUAUGGGAGGCGGUUUCUUGCCGGAGGGAUAUGAAGAGGGGGAGGAGAAGACGACAAACCUGACCUCUGGAUUCUUCCCUGUUGGAGACAAUGAGGAGGACGGUGAAGAUACACUCGAGGUUGAUCAUGGAGAUGGGGAAGCCGCGCAUAAACCGGCAGAGGAGCUAUCCAAGUCGGUCAUGAGCACGAGACCGAAACGAAAAGCAGCUACGCGAGGGAAGGUAAUCAGGUCUCAACGGCGGAGGCGGCCGAAUCUUCCUUCGAGUUCGGAUGAAGAGGAUGAUGACGAGGGUGAAGAGCUCGGGGCUUCAGACGACGGGUAA